AUGUCAUAAAACAUUCUUGAACAAUACGUAAUUACAGGGUCAAUUAAUGGCGGCUAUCAACUUGAGCACAAGAAAACUAAGGAGUAAGCCAUCUAUAAAAAUAUUAUCAGUCAUAUACACUAUGAUGAUUAAAAAUAGCUGAUUGAGAGGAGGACUUCCAUAAAAAAUUGCUCAUAGUUACAAAAAAUCAUAAAUUGCUAAAUUUCUUAGUAUAAAUUCGAGAACAACAAUUAGUUUUUGAGUAAUAUCAGUAUCAUUUAUGAGGAUAUAGCACUUCGAUUUGAUAAUGAAAUAAAUAACAGGAUAAAAUAAAAAAUUUAUUGGUCAGAGGAAGAAAUAUUAAAUACUCUUGAAAGCGCUGUUUAGGCUCUGUGUGUCUUGCACGAGCAUCAUCUUGUUCAUGGUGAUAUUAGGCCUAGCUCUAUAGCAUGCGAUUUAACUGGAGAAGUUAAACUACUUGACCAAUUUGCUACAUCAAAUCAUUUUUUUAAAAACCUUCAGUAAGUUGUUUAAAGUGGUGGUUAUUUAACACCUGAACUCUGCAAAUGCUAUUAAAUGGACAACUAAGAGUAUGUUCUUGAAAGCAGAAACGAUGUAUUUAGCUUAGGAUUAGUUUUUCUAGAAGCUACCACUCUCACUUCUAGCUAAGAUGUUUAAAAGAAUAUUCAAAUUAAUGAAGAAUUGCUCAAAUCAAGACUAGAAAUGAUAAAAAAGCUUGGAUAUUCUUAAAGAAUUGUAAAUAUACUCUCUAAUAUGCUCUUAAUCGAUGGAGAUUUAAGACCUUCUAUUUAGUACAUCUAACAAAUCGGAUGGGGAAAUACUGAAAACAGUAAGCUUUUUUAGCUUCAAGAAAUUAGUUCUAUUCCAAUUAUUGAAGGUGAAAGCUUUUCUCACAGCAUUAUUUUAAAAAAAGUCCUCGGUGAUUAAAGCAUAUAGAAUACAGACCUUUCUAAAAAAACAGAUUGUUAACAGAUGAACUGGUAAUUAAAGGAGCUACAAUAACAAAUAAGCUAAAAUUAAUCGAACUGGUUUAAUAAAAUAUUAGAUAGCUAAGAUACAAACUUAAAUGUGACAGCAUAGAUCUCUUAAUACACUUUAAAAAAUAGAUAAGAGGAUAUUUAAAGCAAAGAUAACAAUUAAAUAUCCUUGUUGGGAAAUUAAGAAAAUGGUUCCUAUCAAAAAUAGAAUUACAACUAUCAAUCAAUUUCUUAAAAGCAUUCAAGAUGCAAAACAGAGUGCUAAGACAUAAAGGUUUUUACUAAAAAUAGCUAAAAGUCUUUUUCUAAAGCAUGUGAAGAUCCAGAUGAAACAAAUUAAUUUAAAGACAAUGACACAACGCAAAUAAGUAAGAAAAAGGAUUAAUCUGUCUUAAUGACUUAAAAAAAGUACUCAGAUUUAUCUCAAAAUGAAUAAUAUGAAAAUAUUUGUCCUCAGUGUGUGAGAAAAAUGGUUUCACCUUUGCUUAGAAAUGCUUUCUCUCCAAGAUUGGAAGCAAUAUAAGAUGAGGAAUCAAUUAGAAAGAGUUUAAUAAAGCAGACUCCUCUUCUUAGGAUAUCAAAAUGCAAAAAAGAAUUAGAGUCUUGUGAGCCCAUAAAUUUUAACAACUUUAAUUUUUAAUUAGAUAAAUUUUGUAAAAAUAAAAUACCCGUUUAUCAAAAUUAAGGACUGAAUGGACCUUAAAGUAAUUACCGCCCUCCAUUGCAUAACCAAAGCUAAGCAUAAUUGAGUAGGAUUUAGCUCAACCCUUAAAGAAGCUAAUAAAGUUUUCACCAAACAAGCAUUAAUAGUAAUUGGAACUAGUCAGUCAAUAACUAUGCUAGCAGCACCCAUUAAACCUCUUAAAACGACUCUUUUACAAAAAAUCCAACUAAAAAUCCUUUAAAGAAUAUCCAAAAUAACCAACUAUUGAAUAGAUCCUACAGUAGACUUGAACAAAGUAAACCUGAAUUAUUUACAAAAAAGUGUAAUGAAAAUGAAUUUGAGUCAAAUUAAUUAAGCGCAUGCGUUUCUCUACCAAGCUAAUAAAUGUAAAAUUCUUAGUAAAAGCACCCAAGUAAUAAUAAUAAUCCUCAUGUCUAAAGGAAACCACUCUUUGGAAACAAUUAAAAUAUUGUACCUCAAAAGUUUUAACAUUUCAACUGUAGAACUCUACAAAAUUGA